CGACGUCUUGUCGUUUGAGCCUGUUGUAAAUGUGUGUUAUUUUUUUUUUUCAUACUUACUUUUCGGUGCUUUUGCGUUGGUUUUUUUGCCGCCAGUUUUCGGCCUGAUACGAGUGUUCGAACCGAACGCCGCAAAUGACGUCGCCUUGUGAAAAUGUAAAGUCGAAAAAUUCCGCCUCGAGGUCUAGUCUGAAAUAACGGUCACGGAUUAUGAUAAUAUUACCAACUGGUUUGACCGACUUCCAAAAGGGUAGUUUACAAUUUACCCGCAAAAGUGCGCGGUUGUCCCUCGCCCGUGCGACUUGAACCGUACUGACCACCAACCCAUAUGAAUGUAGCAAAGAACUAUAUUUUCCUCGACCCGUGGGUCUCCGAUAGUUAAAACGCGUAACAAACGCUUCAGCUAAAAACGGCCAAAAUUUGAGUACAUUGUUGUUAAUAAUAUAGUUUGGAAACAUAACGAAUAGAAACGCAUAAUAUUUUUUUCUAGUUAUCGUUGUGUAUGUAUUUUAUGACAACGGCGUGAUAAGACUCAAUCCCGGCGACCGUAAAAACCGUAGACGUUAUUUCAGCCUCGACCGCGUCGCCUUGUUAUCUUGUGGUCUUAACGUGAAAAGUACAUGUUAUUGUUUUUAAUGUGUUUGUCCGCGUGUGUUCAACAACAGAACCCAUGAAGGCGACGCUACAAUGUUGAUAACGCGGUAUACGUCUGUGCUUAUAAAGCCUAUAGGAAGUACCAUGGUGUCUCCCACGUACGUCCCUCCCCAUAGCUCUCUCCGUAGACAACGACCGCCGAAGAAAUGCCUUCGCCGAGCAUCGAACACCUGUGCAACGGCGCUACCACGUUUCUGUCGCCAACGUCCGAUCGCAGCUUGUUGACAUCUCUUAACCAUAGUCUGAGUUUUGUCAAACUUAACCGACGGUCCACGUCGCCGUCUUCGCUCAGACCGUUGAACUGCAGUCGUCGGUACGCUGAAAUUGGAAAGAAAAAACUUUUCUAUAGAGGCGACGCGUUUCUCGAAUCGUACAUUGACGGUCUGGCGAGGACCCAAGGACCUGUGGUCGGUGGUGGAACCACCGAAGACGAAGAUGCCGACGGCAACCUGAUCCGACCCAACGAGAAAAGAUUCCAGGACGACGGCGAUGAGUAUCCGGAUGGGCGUGACUUUAAACUCAUUAAUUUAUCGCAGGACGAAGACGACUACGAGUCGAGCAGCGGAUCCCUACGGUCCGGUUCCGGUGACGCGGCCAGCUGUGACAUAGGUCUUCUCGAACGGCUCAUACGAAGUCAUCCGAUAUGGUUCCUGCCGGGCAUACAAAGGGCCGGUGCUUUUCACUUGCUACAAGGCAAAGACGACGGGAAUUUUGUCGUGCGUCAAUCCAGCCAGACUGGUACCAUGGCUAUUUCAGUCCGUCUACCCAGCGGCAAAGGUCCGUACAUCGAACACUAUCUCAUACAAGCGACCUCGGACAACCGAUUGGCCUUGGAGAGUUCGGAUAACAAAUUCGACAGCAUCCCAAUGCUAAUCUCUCAUUACGCUCAGUGCUGUGACGAGUUACCCGUACAGCUAAUGUUACCAAAAGCCAUACAAGAAGCCAAAAACCGGCAACAACUCUCGUCUCUGGCUUUACUCGGUCAAGAAUUUUGGAGGUAUCCUAUGGCCAAUACGGGAUGUUCUCUGGCACUGGAGACGUCACCAAAUGACGAACCCACUAAAAGAACAUUAAACACAUCCAUUCCAAGUAGUGCUGCCAAUAGUCAAUCGAGUAGUCUCAGUAGUUUCAGCAGUGGCAAUAAUAACCAAGAAUCUGGCUUCGUAGACAAUCAGUUGUCCGUUGAAGAACUAUCGACUAGUCCGGUAGAGAGUACACAACAGUCAAAUGGGUUCUUAACGACUUUUAAAAACACCUUGAAAGACGGUACCCAUUCCUCUUCCGAUAACGUAUCUUCAGUUAUGACCGUCGGAAGCGGCAGAACUCGGCCGACCCCUCCCAACACGUUAAAUCUCAAGACCUCCAACAAUCCAUCUAUUGUGGAUUGCAUGGGUACUUCGCACGUGGCAAAAACGCCGCCGCCGCCUCCACCUCGCUGGGCAAAACCGGUGGCCGGUCAACAAAACUACACUGUAACGACCACUGUCACGUUAAGCCUACACAAAGAAACAACGCCGUCUCCGCUCAUCCAAGUGUCGUGUGGGCAAAUAUCAAAAUCCACCGACGACAGUGAAAUCAUGCCGGCAAUCAAGAGUCCUCCCGGGUCCGACAUAUUGUCUCCGAUCUCGGACACGGGCGGCGUGGUCCGUUGUCGCCGUACCAAACGAGACCGAAUCAAACAGUCGAGACACUACCGGGAGAGCGACAUACUGGAAUCGCCAAACGUUUACCACAGAAGUGCUUUUGCCGACAAGGCCAGCGAUUACGAAGACGUUUGGGGUCCCGAUUCGACUUUGUCCACGUUUAAGACCCCGGCGUCGUCGGCUCACAGCAACAGCGGCACUUACAACAAGUCUACCCCGGAAGUACUUGCCGACAUGCCACCCGACAUUCUGGAACAGACCCCCGGCGGUGUUCAGAACACUGCAAGGAAUACGUUAGCACUGGUUUUGCAAAACACUCAAGCGGCCGAUCUCCCGUCAAUCACCGACAGCACUACUAGCUUAUUGUCGCCUGGCACGCCAGAAACGAAAUCUCCUAGCCCCGAGGACGACCACCACGAAGCCAAGCAGGGCAGCCCGUUUUACGCAGAACCCGCCGACGCCAUAAAACAAGCCGCCUUCAUGAGGCGUAAAUCAAAACCGUCGACGUCAAAUUACCGAAACCGACAUUCGGAACCCAGUUUGCUCCAUCAGUGGCCGACGUUGGUCGGAUGCAAUCAAUUGCCUCGCAUAGACUCCAAACAGGAACUGAUAUCGCCCAGCGGUAACUACUCUACUAAUCAGGCCUUCUCGUCGUCGGUGGACAACAUACCGUUGUUGAGAAAUUCCAAAAGGGAUCCGCUGAAAACGGGUAAACCUGUGGAAACUCCACGGGUUGGCCCGCCGAAACGCGGCCAAGACGGCUCGUGGGCGGUAGAUUCCAGUUGGGAAUUCAUAGGAAAUGAAAACGAAAGCGCCGCCACCACUCCUUUGGACAACGGUCAACCGCCGGCUUGUGAUCAGCUGACAAGUGACCGUGUAAACGAAUCCGCCGGCCGCAAAGGUCCGACGAUACAGGACAUCAUUUUACAAAGGUUACCUCAUCUAAGCCUGUAUGUGAAAGAAUCGAGUCCCGCGGCUCGUACCAGUGACAACACUCAAUCAUCGCAAAACAGUCUCAACAAUAAUUCCUCCACUGACAACAUAAACAACAACUCGUUGAACCUAAGCUGUUUUAGCAACCUGUCUCUGAUGUCUCAAAACAGCGACGACGAUGCAAGAACCGAGUUCUCCGAACCAUGGGACAGCUCCAAAUGGGAACAUUUGCUACCCGUCUCUAAUAAAGGCCACGGCGCCAACAACAAUGUGAAACAAUUGGUUAAUCGCAACAAGAGUUUUUCGGAACGUUUGGAUCCACUUUUAGCAGCCCCCCGGAUCCAAGCACUAGCGCGAAGCCGUUUGAUGGCCCAAACUGGUACCGGUUCAUCGACUAGAGAAUAUGCCUUACAAUUGGCAGCCGACAAGACAACAGUGUUUGCUCAGUCCAUUGACAACUUUGUGUGUUGUACAGUCGAAUCGAAAGAAACCACUCCGACAGUAGUCAUGAGAAACGUUCGGCAAUUUAUGUCUGGCAUGAAAAACUACCUACUGAAACACGGAGAAAAAGAGUUUCAAAAAGUGGUCGAAAAAGAAAGGAGUCAGUUGAAACCUACAGAAUUUCUGAAUCUCGACGUUAUCUUAGAGGGUGUAAUGAACCGACUGGUGUUGAAAGAACUUCGGGAACACAUUUACAGUCUACUAGUUGACGAGUAUGUUAACAACGGUUCCAUACCGUCGAUGGUGGAGAAUAUUCACUACGCCAAAUCGAAAACCCUUCAGGAUUUUGCAGUUCGAGAGAAUUUGAAUCCACCCAAUGAGAACGACCUACAGAAAAUCUCGGAAUGCUUCAAGCGCUUACAGCAAGCGUUUUUGCCCUUGGAAAAACUCGAACAUCUUUUAUCAGCCAUGGCUCUCAUUUUCAAUGCUGUAAAGGUGCAGAACCGAAACGCCAACUCUUGCCUGGGCGCCGAUGAUUUCCUUCCGCUUUUGGUGUGGGUGUUGGUCCAAUGCAAUGUAUUGACGGCCGAAUUGGAAGCAGAAUACAUGUGGGGAUUGUUGCACCCGUCACUGAUACCCGGAGAGGGUGGAUAUUACUUGACGGCCUUAUGCGGAGCCGUUCACGUGUUAAAGAGCUACAAGUCGUCAAUGGAAGCCGGCACGGCCAAUGGUAUGAAGACACUCGGUUCCGAUAACACAUUGAGUUACGACCCACUGAGUGAACUCAAGUCUGUGCUCAAAGUGGUUGUGCCGGACGAGACCAACGGUUCUCUUCUCACCAAAACAUUACCCGUCAGGCCGCACAUGACUACACGCGAUGUAUGCAAAAUCAUUGCGCACAAACUCCGUAUAACAAAUCCACAGGACUAUUCUCUAUUCAAACUAGUCAACGGACAAGAGUUUUUACUUUUGGAAACCGAUUGUCCGCAAGACAUUAAGAGUACGACGACAGCGAGCGGCAACCACUGUUUGUUCGCAUACAAACGUAUCGACGCCAAAAUAGCUUGGCCUCAUUCGCCUUCUUCCUGAAGAAUAUUAUUGAAAGUAGCUUUAAAGUAUUUUUAAAUAACCAGUUUUUUCUCAUUUAUGUUUUCUUCGUCUAUUUUUAUUAAGGAUGUAUUUUAAUGCUAUAAUUGUGGAACAAUAUUUUAAUUUAAGAUUAAAUCCCUAACCCAUUGUGAACAAAAAUCUUGCGUCGACUUUAUUAUCCUAAAAGCUAGUCAUAAAAUUAGUGCAUAAGUCUACAUAAUUUCUUAAAAUGUAUGUAAAUAAUGUAGUGUGAAUUCAAAAUAACACACAUUAUUAUGAUUAUAUACAUAAAAUAUUAAUAUAUAUAUAUUUGUAUUUUAUUUUAUUUUUUGGACGUCAUAUAUUUUGUUUUUCAUACUGUGUCUAAAAAGAGAUUUUUUAAAGUAAUUUUUAAAUAUUUAUAAUUUUUUUUUUUAAGAAAUUUUAUUAUUAUGUUUUUAUAACUUAAUUGUUUCAAAUGAAAUCAUGAAACAGUUGGGCCAGUGACUGAUAAGCCCAACUAUGGUACUUGAACAUAAUUAUUUUGUUUUUAUUAAAUAUUGCAUUAAUCAUAGUUGAAAAGACUCUCGUAUCGUACUUUUAAUUUUGUUUUUGUACUUUAACUAGCAGCGUCUAAAAUAUAUUUU